AUGCUGACCGAAGAAAUCUACGAUCAGCAGCCCGUCGCGUCUUCCGGACCUCGCCAGAAGGAAACACCUCGCACCGAGAUACAUGCGCCCGUUCAGGGUCGCUCCAAGCAGAAACGCCCGUGGAAUGUCCGAGGUGCCACACCUGUGAGGGCUUCGAUGGAUUUUAUUGGGGGGGUCAAGCGGUUGUUCAACAUGGCAAAGCCAAAACCAGGAAGCGCCAGUGAACAUAGACAUGUCGACCGGUUGUCUAAGCCAACUCGAGCGGUUCCUUCGGAUGGGAAGCGCGAAGCUAGUGCUAAGCACGAGCAAUGGGGAUCUGUUCACACGAGAGCAGUCUUUGCAGUCCACGACGGACAAGAUGAUCGCGACUCAGGAGAAGCGGUUACCCCAGUACAUGCGGCUGAGAAUGUGCGGAGCAAGCAUCCCAAAGACAACAGCCUCAUCACCCCAGUGGAUGAAUAUCGUGCGAUAGACAAGCAUAUCGGGCCGAAGCGUCGGUCACGACCACCCAGAAAUCAGCACACAUCAUUCUCCUUUGACAAGUACCAAGUUCCCGGAGAUUCGAUCAGGGACGACAGUGGGAGCGAGGCAGGCACCUCAGUUCAGGCAUCCUCACCUCGUGCCGGCCCUACCCAGUCACCACACUUCCCAUCAAAGCUGACCAAGGGGGCGCAAUCACAUCCAAAAGAUCGAACCUCUCUGAAACGCCACUUUGAUGACAGCAUCGAUGAGCUUGCAUAUGAGGCUGGGGAUCAACCUCCCAAAAAAAUCACCGUUCGGAACCAGAUGUCGGCCUCGACCUCAGAAGCAGCGUCUUCUAGUCUUUCCAGGAGAGGAGACAUGGCAAAUUCCAAAUUCCUACCGAGCUUGAACAAUCGAAGCCGCCGUCGGUUUGCCCGGCCUCUAGUCGUUCAAGCAGCGUCCUGUGGACUAGUUCACAAUCUGCGAUCCAAACAGGGCGGCAUGGUUUGUAAGCUCAAACUGGAUCCUGCAAACACAGUCCUGAGGGCAGUUGAUAGCUCUGGAGCGUGCGUGCCUGAAUUGGAUUGGCUCGAGCCCAAGUUGGAGAAGAUGAAGACUGUCAAAUUCAACCCAAAGUCUCCCUUUGUCACCAUAUACAGAUCCGCCCAGGUUGGAGCUGGUGGGAAACUUCACCUGCAGUUUGGCGAAGUUGAACACGCGACAGCAUUCAUCGACUGGGUUCAGGGUGCUCGCGCCCACCAAAUUAUCUGCCACCAGGAAGAGAGCGAGAUUCUGAGGAGAGAGUUCGAAAUUUCUUGGCAGCAGAUAGAAUUGCAUCUGGAGAAAGCCGAGGCCGAAUCCGAGACGAACACUCUGCGGCAUGCCCGCGGUUCUAUCCCGAAGCCUGAGAUCGCCUCAAAGCCACCAAUUGGUACACUCAACUCCCGAGAGUCGAGCCUGUUUUCUCGACAGACUCGUUCUCUUCGACGAAGUAUGCGAGGUGAGGAGGAAACCAUGCCACCAACCCCGAAUCAGACGACAGGCGCAUCCUCUCAACUAUUUGAUAUCCAUGGCUCACGGCUGAGACGGACUGCAAACUCGUCCAAACCUUUAAUGCGAGAUCCAAGUCUCGAACCGGAUCGGUGGACAACGAAUCAUCCGGAAUGGGCAAGGGAUUGGAUAGUGCCCCUAACAUACCUCCGAACCACUGUGGACAAAGACGACAUCCCGCGACUAGAUGCAGGCCAAUUUCUGAACGACAAUCUCAUCAUGUUCUACUUGCGAUAUCUCCAGGAUCGGCUUGAACGGGAAAACCCUGCCGUGGCCAAUCGUAUCUAUUUUCACAAUUCCUUUUUCUAUGAGAAGCUCAAGCUCAACAAAGGAAGAGGAGUCAAUUACGAUGGUGUCAAAAAAUGGACCUCCAAGAUUGACCUUUUCUCAUACGACUAUAUCGUCGUGCCUGUGAACGAGAAUGCUCACUGGUGGGUCGCGAUCCUUUGCAACAUGUCGAAGUUGCUACCUAGGUCGGCAGAGCUCCAGCCCGAGGUUGCUGUGGAUGGCAUUCAAGUGGUGUCGGUACGUGACGGACGGCCGUGGCCGAAAGAAUCCUUGUCGAUCGAUUUGGUUGAUAAGUCGCUGGGCGAGGCUUUGAAAGGUGCCCAGGCCCCCAAAGCAGGCAGGGUUCCAAGCCCAGGAAAUAUGUCCAAGGCCGAAGGAGAUCAAGAAGACGCUACGGGUGACGCAGCCCGCAUUGCCAGCGAUCUUGCUCAACCCCCAGAUGCCACCACACCACGAAGACUCAAGAAGGGACAGAGGCCGUCGCUUAGAAAGUACGACCCUAAGGACCCGAAGAUCAUCACUUUGGAUUCUCUUGGCGCAACUCACCCUAUCACCGUUGGCCAUUUGAAAGAGUAUCUUGUCCGUGAAAUCAAAGAGAGGAAGGGCAUCGACAUUCCCAACCCUGGACCUCUCGGCGUUACUGCUAAGAACAUUCCCUUACAAGACAACUUUUGCGACUGCGGCAUCUAUCUUCUGGGCUACAUCCAGGAGUUUUUGCGCGAUCCAGAUUUGUUUGUCAAGGGCAUUCUACAACGAGAGGAUCACCGUUGGGCCGUCGAUGCAAAGGGUCUGCGCAACGAGCUUCGCUCACUCAUCUUCAAACUACAGAAGCAACAUCAAGAUGAGGAGAUGCAGAGGAAGCAACAAAGGAAGCGUAUGAGGCAAUCUAGGGAGCCGGGAACCGAGGGUGAGAGUGCAUCACCCAAGGAUUCUCGUCGCGCGGCCACUGAGAUUCCUGGCCCCAGUACGCCAGGACGGGUCGCUUCAGCUGCAACUUCACGUCGAACCACGCCUGGAGUGGGGGCAGCAACACUGGACUUCUCGAAGCACGAUGCUUUCGAGCGGGAAAAGACCUCUGCGGACUCGAAAAUCUCGGCUCGCGAAACUCCCGCAAAGACAUCUCCUGGACGUGCUGGCAGCGGAACAUGUCAACGUCAGGUGAUCACAGUGGAAGACGAUAAUCUCGAUCUUGGAGACCACCCGGCGGCAGCGCCACAGGAAGUGGGACACGGGCGGCUUUCCAGUCAGGCGGGCGAUGAAGACGUCAAAAUCAUUCCAUCAAUAGAGUUGGUCGAUGUCGAAGACUCUCCCCCAAUGGCGCCGACCCCUAUGGCAGGCCCCCCGAUGGCGAGCAUGCUAGACUAG